AUGGCGCUGUCGACCAGACCCCCCUGGUAUUGCAGGUACGUGUGCUGCUUUCAAUACCCCGUGGGCAUGCAUGUAUGGUGCUACCUGCAGGGCAUAUCACAUGGCAUGCAUGUAUGGUGCUACCUGCAGGGCAUAUCACAUGGCAUGCAUGUAUGGUGCUACCUGCAGGGCAUAUCACAUGGCAUGCAUGUAUGGUGCUACCUGCAGGGCAUAUCACAUGGCGUGCAUGUAUGGUGCUACCUGCAGGGCAUAUCACAUGGCAUGCAUGUAUGGUGCUACCUGCAGGGCAUAUCACAUGGCGUGCGUGUAUGGUGCUACCUGCAGGGCAUAUCACAUGGCGUGCAUGUAUGGUGCUACCUGCAGGGCAUAUCACAUGGCAUGCAUGUAUGGUGCUACCUGCAGCAGGGCGUAUCUGAUGCCAUGCAUGACGCUAGUGCUCUCUUCAGGGGAGGGGAAGGUGGGAACUGGGUUACAGGGGGGAGCAGGAGGGAGGGGCAGGAAGAGGGAGGGGCAGGAGGAGGGAGGGGCAGGAGGAGGGAGGGGCAGGAGGAGGGAGGGGAGAGGGGCAGCAGGAGGGAGGGGCAGCAGGAGGGAGGGGCAGCAGGAGGGAGGGGAAGGAGGAGCUUGUGUAAGGUGAACGCUACUAGCAAGGAGACACUGGAGAGUCACUCAGAGGGGAAGAAGCAUCGUGGGAAAGUGAGGGGUGCGACCAGGGCUGCUGUGGAGGCGGCCAAGGGACAGCAUGAUGCCUCUUGGCCCGCUGAAGAGGCUGGAAACGGUGCAGUAGCUGACAGUGCGGUGCAAAGUGGUGCGGAUUGUGUUGCCAGUGGGAAGGCGAAUGGGGCUCCUGCUGUUGCAGCGAAUGGAGCAGCGACAGGUGGACAAGAGAAUGGGGCAAAGGAGGAGGCGAAGAGUGGUGGGGAGAAGGAGGGAGAGGGCGGAGCAGAGGCGCCCAGCCAUGAGCUGCCACUCAAGGCGCUGAAGAAGCAGGUGCUGGCAGCAGCCAAGCGAGUGCUGGCAGAGCAGAGCUCAAAGGAAGGCACCAAGGAAAGCUGCAAGCAGGGUACAGGCAAGGGAAGGGAGAGCAGCAGCAAGGAGGAGCUGCUGGCUGCCUUCCAACGCUCUUUGGAGAAGUGCAAGGCAGUCAUUGUUGAAGAUGUUACAGUGAAGCUCAACGUUUAA